GUUAUUUUUCCGGGCAUUGGCCUAUCUUCUCGGCUUCUCGCUUCUCGUUUCGGUUACUCUAUAUUCUUCUGUUCUAAAGUUCAGUUGGAGUUCGUGUUUAGUUUGUAUUUGUGCUUAGAAACUUCUUUUCUGAAUUUACAAGAUGUCCGACGAAGAAGUUAAGGUUAAAAAGGGCCGCAAAGCUGCAGCUGAAAGUACAAAACGAACCAAAAAGGAUGCUAAAGCAGAAGCUAAAGAAGAGGUCGACGCUCCGCCAGCCAAAAGAGGUCGUGGAAGGCCGAAGGGAGCGUCGAAAAAGAAGCCAGACGCAAAGGAAACCAAAGCUAAGGCAAAUGGAGUAGGUCGCCGGGGAAGAUCCAAGAAAGAAAAGGAGGAAUCAGCUGAAGAAGAGGUUGAUGAGAAAAGUAGCGAAAAUGAAGAUGAAGAUGAUGAAUAAGGAUAUUUUUUUGAUUUGAUUGUUUCGAGAUAUUUAAUAUGUUAAAUGGAUAGUUGAAUGUACUUUGAGUCAGUAUUGAAAUUCACUUUAUAAUGAAUGGUUGAUACUCGGAUUGUAAGGUUAUUUGUCCUCUAGUUCAUUCCACUUUGAGUAAAUGAAAACUUUGUACAUAUUUUAGGUCAACAGUUUAAUUUUAUUAAUAUUGGAUAUGUAUGGACUCUAUAAUUUCAAUAUCCUGAAAGUACAUGAAAUAAGAAAAUCUAACCUUAAAGGUUGGUUUUUAAUGUUCAAAGACACUGCCUAUUUUUAGAAUAACAAUAAAUUAGAUAUGUGAGAUAUGAUGUACCUACAGUAAAUUUGAAUAAAACUUUUGAAUGAA